ACUUAAAGACUCUUCCCUCAACCUUAAGGCGAGUAGCAGCGACCAAUCACCAUGCCAUUACAGGCUUCAGAGGAAGCUGUUUAUGUGACUCCAGCGCUAAUUAGGCUCAUGAACUAACAAAUCGCUUGCACAACUGGUGAGGAACCGAUCACAUCCAUGGAUUGUCUGGCGCAGUUGACCACCUUUAUGGCUAUUUGUUGAUUUGUUGUUACUUUGGCUUCUAUUCUUGCUGCACUCUUCGUUCCAAAGUUAUUUAUGCUGACAAACUUUCUCGGUGUGGAGUAGUAACCUAUUUUUUUACGAAGAACGCCUGCACCUCUUAAACUCUAAGCUGGGGAAUCUUGACUAUCAAACCAUGUUUCAACCUACACCGAAGAGGUGUUUUACUAUAGAAUCGUUGGUAGCGAAGGAUAAUCCUCUACCAGUGUCGAGGUCUGAGGAGCCCAUACGACCAGCAGCUCUGAGCUAUGCAAACUCCAGCCAGAUGAAUCCAUUUCUGAACGGGUUUCAUUCCAGCGGCAGGGGCGUCUACUCUAAUCCGGACUUGGUGUUCGCUGAGGCGGUCUCACAUCAGAACAACUCCGGUGUCCCAGUUCAUUCGGUACCACCUCCACACGCGUUGGCUCACCCACUUUCAUCCUCACAUAGUCCGCACCAUCUUUUUGCCAGCCAGCAAAGGGACCCCUCAACUUUUUACCCAUGGCUAAUACAUAGAUAUAGGUACUUGGGUCACAGAUUCCAAGGUAACGAAACAAGCCCGGAGAGCUUCCUUUUGCACAAUGCACUGGCCAGAAAGCCCAAAAGAAUUCGGACAGCUUUUUCCCCUUCCCAACUUCUGCGGCUUGAGCACGCAUUUGAAAAAAACCAUUACGUCGUAGGUGCCGAACGAAAACAGCUUGCGCACACCCUUAGCCUCACAGAAACUCAGGUAAAAGUGUGGUUUCAGAACCGAAGAACCAAGUUCAAGCGUCAAAAGUUGGAGGAGGAGGGUUCAGAUUCGCAACAGAAGAAGAAGGGGACCCAUCACAUAAACCGAUGGAGACUCGCAACUAAACAAGGAUCGGGAAGCCCGGAGGAAAUUGAUGUAACUUCAGACGAUUAAAAUAUGAAAUUGUUUGAACCUGGGACAGCCGUGUGGCGUGAAGGAUGACAUGGCUAAGGAUGCUGUGUACAGAGAGACAGAGAGAGGGUAAAGCCAAUGUCACAUUUCGAUUCUUCGGAGAUCGGCAGCUGAGGGUGAGAGAUCCGAUUGGUGGCACUGCUGUCACUACCAUGGGUCUGUCAAACCAUAUCAAAUUGCCCAGGCAAAAGUGAUUGACAGUAUCGCAGUCCACCUACCUGACCACCUUCCACGCAUCAACCCACCACUACAAUCUCCCACGAACCACCCAAAAAUGUAUCUCCAAUUCACAUUGGACAUUUGCACUUCUGAAAGUUUCUAAAUAUGAACGUUUCCACUCAAGAUACCAAAAUCCACAACUGUUUUUGUAAAACUUAAAUUGCAUGGUAGACUUUCUGGUAGUUGUUUUAAUUUGAUCAUUUUCUUCAAAAACAACUUUGUUUUAACUCUAUUUUCAAUCUCAGAGAUGUUGUGCUUCUUCCUUUUUACAAAGUGUGCAGUCUUUUAAUUAAUGAUUAUCGUGUUAAAGUGAUUGUGAGAACAGUAUGAAGUAGCAGUGCUGCGUUAUAGUGUUUUUAAAGAAAAUGUAUUUCGAAAACUUUAUAAAAGUUUAUCAAACCACAGAUAAAGUACUUAAAGGGAAAGUAUCCAGGACAUUCCUUAAACCUAAAGCUUUACCAUGUCUCCGUUAUUCUGUCACGAGCAUAUUGUCAGGAUUUGACCCUUCCGUGAGAGUUGCCACAAAGGACUAAUGCAAGAAUUGACUGCCGUAGAGGCGAGAAAACGUCAAGCACUGAGCGUAUCCAUGUACAGAGAUACUAAAAGUUAAUGUUUCUGUUAAACCCUCUUUUAUCAGAAUGUAAAUAAUGUUGUGUUUGUGUUAAGUUUGCUACAAUUUUAACACAAAGUAUACUUCCAAGAAGUAUGUAAUUGUUAAUAUUUUGUCAAUAAAGUUUUAUCAAUAUGUUGCGCGCGGAGUAAAAGUAGGGUUUUGAUUUUAGAUCAACUUUCAUAUCUUGACAUUUUAUAAAGAGACCUGUUACGCUCUUCAAUUCAAGCGUGUAUUAUUUAACAAUUUUUAUAGGCUAUUGGCUGCCACCAAUCACCCGCUUCAUAUAUCUUGAUUUUCGUCAAACCAGUCUCACAAUUAGCCUAUAUUUGAGAUAGGCCUAUGACUAAUUUUAGAAGAAAUCCAGACAAUGUGGCUUGUUAAAAUGAACUUAUAAAAUCCAAAAUAAUUUG